CGUCGCCAGUGCACCUGGUGCUCCAGCUACAAAGCUGUUGAGGAACCAGGUCACUGGCGCUUGAGCAUGGCCGGAUCUGACGAAGAGACGGUGGAGGUGGGCAUGAACGAGGAGCGGCGGUUGUGCGGCUUGGCCGGAGAUGACGACGAGGACAACAUGGACGAGGACCGCGCGGCCCUAUUCGGCGCAACCGCUGAUGAUGCUAUUCCCGUCGACGGCGACGGCGAACACGUUGAGGAACCACCUGCACCUGACGGUAACACCGCCAAGCGCCCACGCCCCUCUACCUCUCCUGUCUGGGCUGACUAUGAGAAACUAUUCAAGGAAAUCAAUGGUAAGACGGUCAGGUAUGGAGCUCGAUGCCUUCACUGCUCUAAGGUCUACUCUGCUUUCUCUAGUGGUGGCACUGGUCACUUGUCCCGGCACAUUUUAGUUUGCGUUAAGAAGCGUGAAAAGGAUCGCAUGUCUCAGUCUCAAAUCUCUUUUACUUCUGAUGGUAGUAUGCGUACUUGGGACUACUGUCCUAUGCGCGCUCGUACUGAACUUGUUCGAUUGAUUGCUAGACUAGAUGUUCCUAUCUCUCUUGGUGAAUCUGAGGCUUUUGUCGAGUACAUUAAAAAUGCUCACAAUCCUAAAUAUACUAAAGUGUCUAGGCAAACCACCUCUAGAGACAUACUAAAGUACUUCACUGAUUGCAAGGCUAAACUUGUUGAGACUUUUACUACUUCUAUUAACUGUGUGUGUCUAACCUCCGACAUUUGGUCUGGUAAUGCCAAAGAGGAUUACAUUAGUGUUGUUGCUCACUACAUAAACUCUGACUGGCAACUAGAGAAGAGGGUGCUUGGUCUGGUUCUUAUUGAUGUGUCCCACAAUGGACAAAAUAUUGCUGACCGUGUAGCAUCUGUUCUUGCUGAUUAUGGUUUGUCUGAAAAGGUGUUUGCUGUUACUUUGGACAAUGCAUCGUCUAAUGCAUCAGCCAUGCAUAAACUGAAACCUAUUCUGUCUAAAUACCUUGGUCUUGAAGUAAUUGAUGAAUCAGAGUAUGCAUCAUCUAGUUUAAACAAUGCAGUCAAUUCUAUAUUCUUGCAUCAGCGUUGUGCAUGUCAUAUUCUGAAUCUGAUUGUCAAGGAGGCACUAACUACUCUUAAGCCUUUGAUAGAAACAUUUAGAACUGCAAUAUCAUUUUUAAAUUCAUCUAAUCAGAUGAUUGCUGCAUAUAAAAGCUACUGCAUUGCAACUGGUGUUAGGCCUAGAAAGUUUCAACUGGACAUGGAGGUUAGGUGGAAUUCUACCUACCUAAUGCUUAAACAUCUGUUUCCUCAUAAGUCCCCUUUCACUACUUUCAUCCAAACUCAGUAUCCUAGGGAUGAAGGUGAGCCUUUGCUGUUAACUGAGGAUCAUUGGAUGAUGGCACAAAAAGUGCUAUCCUUUCUUGAGUUGUUUUAUGAUGCUACUGUCACAUUGUCUGGUGUGUACUAUCCUACAUCUCCACUUAUGAUUCAUUAUCUUGUUAAGAUUUCUCUGCACCUAAAAAACUAUGCUAAUGAUGUGCACAUCAGAUCUGUGGUGCAACCUAUGAUAGACAAAUAUAAUAAGUAUUGGAGGGACAUACCUUUGCUUUACUCUUUUGCAUUCAUCUUGGACCCCAGAGCUAAAAUGAAAGGUUUUACUAGGGUGCUAAGAAGGCUAGGUAAUCUCACCAGUACUGAUUAUUCUGCUUAUUUGGUUGGCACUAGAGCUAGACUUGCUGAUGUUUACAAUAAAUAUGAUGAGAAAUAUGGUGUUGUUAGGUUGAGGAGGACUGACCCUCCUGUCCUGUCUGGUAAGUCAAGAUCUACUUGGGAUGAAAUAUAUGAUGAUGAUGGUCCUGUUUUGGGUGGUGUUAUCUUGCCUGGUAAUCCUAACAUGUCUAGAGAUACAUCUGCAACUUCUCUACUGAAUGCAGUAAGGUCAUCAGCUUCUAAUGCUUCUGAACUUGUGUCCUACUUGGACUGUGACACUGUAAACCACCUAACUGAUGACUUUAACAUCUUGGACUGGUGGCAUCAACACAAACUUACAUAUCCAGUAUUGUCAAUCAUGGCUAAAAAUAUCUUAAUUGUUCCUAUGUCUACCAUAUCUUCAGAAUCCACUUUUAGUAUGACAGGCAGGAUUAUCGAGGAGCGGCGAAGGAGUUUGAAGCCUGAAAUGGUGGAGAUGCUGACCUGCAUCAAAGACUGGGAGGCUGCAGAAGCAAGACUGCAACAGAAUGUGGAGGACAAGGAGCUUGAGGAAGCUUUUGAAGAACUUUAUCUUGAUUCAUGA